CAACCCAGUUCAUGAGUGAGUGACUUCCACCAGUGGGUGCACAGCUAUUUGGACUGGAGUGGACUGGAUGAGACAGUUCCUCGUUGAAGAUUAUCAGCAAAACGAUCUAUCCUGUAGAUAUGUGUAAAGGUCUGCGUGUAUACGGCACCAUUCAUCCGUUCUUCACAUCGCUUUAGAUUUGCUCAACACAGUGUUUACCCACCCCCGACAGUGACUCCUCAGACAGUGACCGUGACGACUGUGAUUCCCUGUAAUAUCAGCCAGUAAGAUGUCCAUGUUCAGCACAGGCGUCCUUGUGCUGACGUCUCCUCUCCACACUCUCCCCUUGCGCAUCGCUCCAGUGCUCAGCUCAGCUGCUCAGCUUGUAGAGCGCACACUGUACGUCCACCUCCACCCCGGACUGAACCUGGGAAGUGGGAGCCAGCCUCGACCAGUUUUCAUUCCACCGGUAGUGGACCUGUCAAUGCUCAUUACCCGCCUAUACAGCAAUGCAGCUGAUGUAUGCGGGCACCUGGAUGUUCGUGUUUUGCUGACUAAUGUUCGCGCUCAGUCAGCUGCCUGCAGCGGGACCACGAUCCCAAACUGCCCCUUCCCCACACCACAAUCUCUGUCUCACUCCCCGGAGGUGGUGCUAACAGACUUUCCUCUGCAGGACCCAGGUCAGUCCCAUCAGGUUACGCAGUGUCUGCAGAGGUACACGGGCCACUGCUACGUCUGUAGCCCCAAUCUGCCCUCAGUGCUGCUUCACCCACAGCUAAUGAGGCUGCAGGAGAAACAGGAAGGGCUGAAAGACCCUGAAGAAAAGGCAGCACCCUUGGAGACCUACAGUGACGUGGUUGUAGGGGGCACGUUUGACCGGCUCCACGGGGCCCACAAGACGCUACUCAACAUCUCAUGUCUGCUAGCCAAUAGAAGGUUCCUUAUUGGUGUGUGUGAUCAAGCAAUGCUAAAAAAAAAAGUGCUAAAGGAGCUGGUCGAGCCCUACUCUCUGCGGGUGCAGAGACUACAGGAAUUCCUGCAAGACAUCAAACCCUCACUGCAGGUGGAGAUUGUGCCCCUUGACGACCCCUUUGGAGUGUCUGUGGUUGACCCCCUGCUGCAGUGCAUUGUGGUUAGCGAGGAGACUAGAAAGGGAGGCGAGGCUGUCAACAAGAAACGCAUUGAGAAUGGCCUUCCAGCUCUAAUCCUCCAUGAGAUCCAGUUGCUUAAAGAUGCCCACCACACCGAGACAGAGGAGGAGAAGAUCAGCUCCUCUAGUCUACGUUCUCGUCUGCUGGGCACCCUCCUCACCCCGCCUAAAGACACAUCCCAUCUCCCUCUCCUUCCAUAUGUGAUUGGCCUGACGGGAGGCAGCGGCAGUGGAAAGAGCUCCAUCGCCAGGCAGCUGGAGGCUUUGGGUGCCGUCCGGAUUGACUGCGACAAGCUGGGCCAUGAGGUGUACCAGCCCGGUACAGCAGCCUAUCACAGAGUGCUUGAAGAAUUUGGGUCAGAUCUCCUGAAUGAAGAUAAAACCAUCAACAGACGUGCAUUAGGAAGGAAGGUUUUUGGAAACCAGGAGCGGUUAAAAGCCCUAACAGACAUUGUAUGGCCUGAGAUUGCAGUUUUAGUGAAGAACAGAAUCAACAAAGCCAGAGAGGAAGGUAAACAGGUUUGUGUGGUGGAUGCAGCAGUUCUCCUGGAGGCUGGCUGGACAGGAAUGGUCCACGAGGUCUGGGUCACCGUCAUCCCUGAGGAGGAGGCAGUGUCAAGAAUAACAGAGCGAGACGGUGUGAACACAGAAGAUGCCCUACGCCGGCUGCAGAGCCAGUGGUCCAACGCCAAGCAAGUAGAGCACGCCAACGUAGUGCUCAGCACGCUGUGGGAGACAGAGGUCACACGGAAACAGGUACUGAAAGCGUGGAAUCUUCUUCAGAAGAGAAUCCAACAGAGGCAAGAGGGACAGUAGGAACAUGUGUGGGUCACUACAUCAUCUCAGCUGUGACCCAUGCAUGCAGAACGAGCAUGUGUCAGGCCCAGGGACAUGUGCGCACAAAUGACUGCUCCACAUAAGGAAACGCUGCCUUAGAAAGAAGUGAGAAUGGUCACUGUGCCAUUGCAGCAAACCCAACGAGCUCCUUCACUUCUUUGACCAAGACUCAGUGCCUGAUUGACUUUUCACAGGUUUUUAAACUCUACUUUUAUUUUAAGAUGAGGAAAAAAGAGAACUUCGUAAAUGAUCCCUGACAAAAUAAUUUUGGAAUUUGCAAACUGGAAUUCAUGUUUUUGGAUCAAUAAAGUGUUGUCUUAUCCUAAGAACUGUAGGUCCGUUUUCAUCCAAACACGAAUGGCAUGCCUUUAAACUGAUACUGUUGUUUAAAUGAUAUGCCCAACAUUUGGCAAUCCUGGAUAAUAUAAAGACCAAACCUUACAGCAAAGUCUAAUGUCAACUGAUGGCACUUAAAUUCUGUCCUCUUUUCAUGUCUCCUAAGUAUAAUGAAAAUAAAUGAAGCUUAGAAAAGCAACUAAUGGUAAGGGAAAGGUGAGAUACCAUAUUGAAAAACGUAUGACUGCCACUGUUAAAUCAUGGAAUUAAAUGUUGCUUAUCUUUGCUGUUUCAGGGUUGAGGGAAUAUUAUAACAAAUUCACUAUCUUUAUCUAAUGAGUCAUUACCAAACAAAGUACAUUAUAUUGUAGAAAUAUGUGCAAUAGAUUAGGAUAUUUUGUAAUAUCAGUGUAACUGUCACGUUGAAUGAGGGUAAAUAAAUACUGGGCACUGAAAAGGACUAGUAUAUUGACUAAUACAUGAAAAUACAUAGAGGUAAAUCAAGCUGACGUGAAAAAGAUUUUUAUAUCUUUGAAACAUUUAUCUAUAAUUGAAAAGACAUCUGUUAAAAAAUGUUCGAUUGCACUCCAAGAAAAUGAUACCAUGUAUUUUAUAUGUCACACAAGAGCCAGUUGUCACAUGAUCACUAAACGAGCUCACCUGAACAGUAAAAUAUUCAUGUCUCUGAAAGUACCUGAAAAAGUCAGAAGGGACAGCAGAGUGGAAACUAAACAAGAAUGAAAUACUGCGUCAUUGCUUCAGCCAUACCUUCAAUAUUUCAAGGAUUGUCCAAUAAAGUCAAUGAAGCGUAAUUUGGUCAUACAGUUGGUGAGAAAUUUCAAGUGUCUUUGAGUUAACAGUCUUGCAUGUCCUCUGGAAACUCAGUCGAAUGCUUUAAUAAAUUGGAAUAACAUUAAAUGAAAUGUUUUCAACCCA